AUGCGAGCUCAGACACGCCAUGAACGUCGCGCACUCUUUAGGGCACCUUUCCAGGAGCUACCUGUCGAUAUCCUACCUCCUAUACUCUCCCAUCUCGCCGAAAGGAAAGAUUGGCAUGCAUGUACACUCGUGAGCAAGACUUUCUGCCGAGUGGCUACGCCAUUGCUGUAUAGCACAUUGGACUCGAGGAUUAUUUCCAAGACCUUGUUACACCAUCCCUGUACGACUCUACUACGACGACCAGAGCUCGCACGUUACGUACGUCGGGUCACAGAGACUGGAGCUGUCCAUCGAGGAAUGUUUUUGACAUAUCCAAACAUAACCAGAGACACUCUGGCGGCACUAUCGUUGUGUACGAAUCUGCGUUCCAUGACUUGGAUCGAUGAUAUCUCCUCAAGAACGUCAAGUAAUGCAAAAUUGCUUGCCUUCAUUGAUGUCCUUCGUACCCUUCCCAUUCGGGAACUUACUAUCCGGACGCACACCGAUCUCGGAGAGGAGGUUUGGUCACAGCUGAUAACCCUCACAGGUUUACAGAAAGUCUCCAUCUGGUGCAUGGAAGGACCUCCCCGCGUCCUUCAAGGGUGGUCAGGUCCAUUGGGAAGCACCCUGACCCACCUUGAACUGGGAAGAUGUGCUGGUGUUCCACCGACGAUCCUUAUCACAGUGCUCUCGCAAUUGCCGCUUUUGAAGGACCUCCGGCUCAAGGGCGCUCCCGCAACGUCGAUCCCCACCAUUCUAACAUUUUUACCAAACCUGGAGUCUCUGGAUACAGAAUAUCUACUUUCAGGAUCAGGCUCUUAUUACAACCGGCGCCCAAGACCAUAUAAAGUAAUUCGACCCGGUGACGAAGAAGAGGAUGAGGAGCCCGAAGAGCCUCCCUUGCCCGCGCUGCGCAGACUGACGGUGCGCACUAGCUCGAUGGACAACCUCGGUCCCCAGAAAUUAUGGGGAUGGAUACGGGAGCUUGUGCCACGGCCUGGUUUGGAGUCAUUCCGCCUGCAUGCGUUUACGUUCAACAUGGGCUACACCGGGAUUCCACGCAUGUUUAUUCUCGAUCUCGCGGACGCCCACGGCUCAACUCUGAGAGAGUUUAUAGUGGGUGAUGCCCAUUUGACCUUGAAAGACGUGGAGUGCCUGUGUUCAAAAUUUCCGAAUCUAGAGACACUAAACUGCUCCUUGGCGAGUCCAGAUGUGGCAUCCAUUGUGGAUGCUAUCUCCGCUGCCAAAAAUAUCCAGACACUUAAACUUCAAGUCAAGUGGAUUCCAGACGAUAAUAACCCUCGCAAGGGGGAUAACAUCUUUACACUUGAAGAUGCUACUGGUAUGAUGCUUCGCAACGAAAAUUUGAAGCUAAGGACCAUCUCUAUUGGUUAUAAGCAAUUCACGGGUAAAUGGGUUCUUCAAGAGAGCGACGACGGGGAACUUGGAAAGCUGAAUUUUGUAGUAUCCGAGGACGUGGCAGAAGAUAAAUGGAAAACAUAA